AUGACACAGAUAGAGAAGGAUAUCAGACCAUAUCUCGAGACUGACAUCCCGUGGGAAGCCGGCAAUAACUUCUUCCCACCCUCGACGCGGCGGGCGUUCGGGCUCUGCGGUAAAUGUCCAACGUUCGCCACCGAUCUGGUCGGGAACGAGUUAUAUCAGGCAGUAUGCGAUCAGUUCCUCACCACAAAGAGUUAUCCAUGGUAUGGCGACCGGGAUGUCCUCAAUGUCUCACCACCACAGGUGAAUAACACCAUUGCAUUCUCAGUGAGGCCAGGUGAUAGCUACGACCAGCCGCUUCACCGGGACGACGAUAUUCACUACGCAGAUCGGCCGCAUGUUGAUAUCUAUCCUCGAACCAAUUCGCGAGAACGUGGGGUGGGGUUCUUCGUUGCAGGUACCAAGACCACCAAGGCCAAUGGCGCGACAAGAUUUAUUCCUGGAAGCCACCUUGAAGCCACUGAACACCCGCCUGAAGAGAGCUUCGCAAGAUAUGCCGAGCUGAACCCGGGAGACGGGUUUAUCCUGCUGUCAAGCUGCUAUCAUGGUGGUAGCGCCAACACGACCAAGAACGAAGAGCGACUCCUGUUCAGCUGUUUUAUGACCCGCGGCUGGCUUCGGCAGGAAGAGAACCAAUACCUUGCCGUCCCACCAGAGGUUGCAAAGAAUCUUCCAGUGAGGAUCCAGAAACUGCUUGGGUAUGCACUGAGUGAUCCGAUGCUUGGAUGGUUUGAAUUCAAGGACCCGCGCAGCGCGAUGGACCCCGAUGGUAGUGAGCGCGUAGGCCACAAGCAGAAACCCAAGAUGGCAUGA